AUGGCCGCCUGCCUUCCUCCUGCCAGCCUCCGCCGCCGCCUCCUCCUGCUCUCCCUCUUGGUGCUGUCCGGGACUGGGCUCUCCCGAGCCUCUGCCGCAGCCCUCCGAGCUAAGGAUAGCAGUGGGGCAUCUGAAGGGACCAUUGCCUGGGAUGAAGAUGUCCUAAAAUGGUGGGGGGAAUGGAGCUCUUGGUCAACUUGCUCACGUACCUGUGGAGGAGGAGUAAUGUCUCGGGAGAGACAUUGUCUUCAACAGAGGCUUCUCACAUCUCAGGGGACAAGCAGCAUCAUGUGCACAGGUCAUUCUAAGGACUACCACCUUUGCCACCAACAGCCUUGCCCAGCAAACUCAGACAGCUUUAAGCAACAGCAGUGUGCCAUUUUCAAUGGCAAAGCCUUUGGAAAACACCACUACCACUGGAUUCCUCUCUACCCAGAUGAUUACAUCAGCAUCUCUAACAGACCAUGUGACCUUCAGUGUACCACCAAGAGUGGGGAGAGGCAGCUGAUGGUACAAGCACAAGAUGGAACCUCCUGCAAGGACCGAAUGUAUCAAGGAGUCUGCAUCAAUGGCCAGUGUGAGCCAGUUGGGUGUGAUGGUGGCCUUCACUCCUUCCAGACAAUGGACAGGUGCCGGGUUUGUGGCGGGGAUGGCAGCACAUGUUACCGAGUUUCAGGGAGCUUUCGAAAGGGGAUCUCACAGUUAGGUUACGUAUUCAUCACCAAUAUCCCUGCUGGUGCUACCGAUAUCCUUAUCAUCGAGCGCAGGAAGACGGAAAACAUUCUUGCACUGGCUGAUGAUGCUGGGCAUUUCUUCUUCAAUGGGAAUGCUGCUGUGGAUCCUCCUCAGAAUUUCCGAAUGGCUGGAACUGUGUUUAAGUACCGGCGCCCACCUAGUCUUCAUUCAGAAGGUCUGGAGUACAUUAUAGCCCAGGGUCCCACCAACCAGUCCUUGAAUGCCAUGUAUUAUAAUUUCAAUGGGAAGGUACCUCACAUAUCUUACGACUUUACAGUGCCGAAGGUUCAAGUACUAGCUCUCCACACAAAUGCUUCAGCUCCUGAGUCUCCUCUUUCUCUCCAUGGCCCACAUGCUUAUGGUCACCAGAACCAGGAUUUUGAUUCACCUAAGACUGGACCAACUGCUGACUUCAAUACCACUUGGAUCUCUGCCAUUGCCCCAGGGGAGGUGAAUAGCCAUAUUUCACGGGGAGGAGACACCAGGAAGAUCAGCUUGGGCCACAGAGACAUUAUUCAUAGGAAUGCUGCUACUGUUCAUAUUGAAGGUUGGGGUCAGUCCAUGGGACCAGAGGAAGAGAAGCUUCAUUUCCAAGUGGAACAAGCAUAUCCUACUACCAGGGCAGGAGAAGCAGAGAUGGCACCUGUUGGUGGAAAAGCAGACUUGGAUUUCCAAUGGAGCCAGGUUUCCACCAGUACUGCCAUUCCCUACCCCAUAGUUAGUCCAGGGAUCCUGGAGAGGGGGCGAGCUGGAAUGACCCAAUUGCACAUCUUUUGGAAACUAUGUCACCGAGAUUCCCGACGGUCUGCCUUCUGCCGAAAACUGCAGCAGCUUUCCACUCCAGUGCGUGGGAGAAGCCCAACCCUAGAGCCCCUGAUCCAGCCAGCCAAAGGCUGGCAGGAAGGACUACCCCAAAUACCCACCUCUAAAGCCUUUCUUGAGGAUUUGCUAAAAGCUGAGGCUGUAGGCAAACCAGAGAAGAAGGAGAGGAUAAUUUUUGCGAGUCCUACCAUGGCAGCUGCUAAACAGAACCCUACAACUGAUUCAAGCUUCCAGGUGGGCUUAGGCCUUGAAUUUCAGGCAGAAGCCCUCCAGUCCCCUGCUAUGGAGAGCAAUGAUUUUAACGUGAGUCCUCCUGGUCAUGAGGACAUCAGCCGGGCUGACAUGUACCGCUGGAAGGUCUCUGCCCAGGCCCCCUGCAGCUCCACCUGUAACUCAGGUAUCAGUGCCUCUUAUGCCAUGUGUGUGCGUUAUGAUGGAGUGGAGGUGGAAGAGGCCUAUUGUGAUGCUGUGACGCGCCCAGAGCCUGCCUAUGAACUCUGCACAGGGAGGGAUUGCCAACCUAGGUGGGAGACAAGUCGAUGGAGUGAGUGCUCGAGGACUUGUGGGGAGGGGCAGCAGGCACGUACGGUCCGAUGCUGGAGGAUGCUGGCCCCUGGCUUUGACAGCUCAGUCUAUGAUGAGUUGUGUGUGGCAGCUGGAUUGACCCGCCCUGUGGAAAAGAAGCCUUGCAGGAGCAAAGCCUGUGGUCCUCAGUGGGAACUCUCUGAGUGGUCCGAGUGCUCAGCUCGAUGUGGUGGGCAAGGGACCAUGCGGAGAGAGGUGCGCUGCUCCCUGGGGCCAUCUCUGUGCAAUGAGUCCACAAGGCCAGUUGGUGAGAAGGAUUGCCUGGGUCCACCCUGCGAUCGGCAGUGGACUGUUUCUGAUUGGGGACCGUGCUCAGGUGCCUGUGGUGAGGGACGGAUGAGCCGAAUCAUCUCCUGUCGAAAUCUGGAGGGGAAAGUGAUCUCAGGUUCUCAGUGUGACCUGGCCACAAAGCCACUAGCUGUUUAUCCCUGUGGAGGUUGGAACUGCCCUGCUCACUGGGUGGAGCAAGCGUGGGAACAGUGCAAUGUCAGCUGUGGCCGGGGGAUAAAGGUCCGGAGGGUGCUGUGUGCAGGACUAGAGAAUGGAGUGUACCGUGAAUACCCUGAAGGGCACUGUGAUGUUUCCCAGAAACCUGAGGUACAGGCACCUUGUUUCAAGAGACCCUGUUCCACCUGGUUCACCACAACUUGGUCUCAGUGCAGUAAGACUUGUGGUGUAGGACUGAAGCUACGAGAGGUCAAAUGCUACCAAGGAGAGGAGCUGGGCCAGGGAUGUGACCCAAAUUCCAAGCCCGAAUCCAAGCAGACGUGCCAGGUCCAGCCGUGUCCUACAGAGGCACCGGAUGAAGACUGUGAGGACAAAGCCACAGCCAACUGUGCCCUGGUGCUGAGGGUGAAGCUAUGCACACACUGGUACUACCGAAAAGCCUGUUGUGGCGCGUGCCGCGGUAAAGCUCUCUGACGUGGCCAAGGGCUCGCGGGGACCUGCUUCUUGCCAUGGGGCAGCUGCGGAAGGAAGCAUUCUCCCUUGUUGGCCACUUGUUUCUCUAGGAUCAUGGAGCAUAGAUGUAAAACUCCUACAGAUAAGGAGACUGAGGCAUGUCUGCCUCCUCUGUACUGCCUCACACACCAAGUCU